GUGCGCCGAACAGAAGCCCUGGGGGGAGGGGGGAUGGGCAGCUUAGCAACGACAACAGACACACGGGCGGCCGCAAACUGAAACAGCUGCGUGUGAGCACGAGAGCACGAGAGCGAAGCCGUGGGUGCGCUGCAUUUUUGCAAGUCUGACGGCCGGCAAGCAUACGCCAUCACUCGUUCAACUUCAUCCGGUCCACAUUUCUCUCUCUCUCUCUCUCUCUCUCUCAGAUCCACGCAGCAUUGGCGUCGACGAUAGACAUCCGGAGACUUAAUACCGUCUAUAUUCAGAAAGAUGGUCGGGGUGUUGCUAGACGUAAGACCGUCUAUGCUCAGACAGAUGGUCGGGAUCUUGCUACCAGUAGCCUCCUAAUUGCGAUAAGGUCGAUCUGACGACAGAGAAGACCCCAUGCAUGAGAUGAAGAGGGAGUGUGUGGGAGUGUUUCAGAUAUAAAUACUUUGAAUGGGGCGGAGCUAAUCAAGAUUGAAAGCUGAAACGCCGCGUGGUGUGGUGGGAGGAAAAUUGCGGGGGGUGCGGAUGUAAAUAGUAUUUAUACAGUAUUAAAUACAGUAGUAAGAUAAGGAAGGUUUUUUUUUUUUUUUUAAUUAUUUUUUGGUCGAAGCGUGUGUACUAUGUACGGAAGACAGACCGAUCGAUCGAUUGAUCGACUGAUCGAUUGAUCAAUCAGCUGCUCAAUCGUUCGAUCGACCUUCCCAUCAACCAAUCAGUCAAUCAAUCAAUCAAUCAAGUGAUAAGAAAUCCAACCAAUUAACACUUUCAACAAAUUCGAUAGUGGGAAUAAUCCGCCGACGCCGCAGCAAUCAAUCAAUCAAUCAAGCAAGCAAGCAAGCAAGCAAUCAAGAUGCCGCGUCAGCCGUCGACGCCGCAGCAGGCGCAAAUACGGCGAAACGUCACUCUCGCUGAGCGGCUGCAGCCCAAGUUAGCAGAGCUAGUGGGAGAGAGAGAUGGUAUUUCUUCUGGUUCUUCUUCCUCUUCGUUUCCGGGAUUUCAAUACGUUGUCGUCAGUCAGGAAAAGGUGAUGUUCAGCUACAGCGGAGGGCGGCGCAAUGUCGCGGAGGACCGGCCCGUCUCCGAGGGGACCAGAUUUAUGAUGGCGUCAACGUCAAAGGCACUGACCUCCAUAGCGGCAUUGCAGAUGAUCGAGGACGGUACUUUGAAGCUGGACGAAUCAGUCUCUACUUACUAUCCAGAUCAUCCGUACGGUCGUGCCCUGACAAUAAGGCACCUCCUCAUGCAAACUUCGGGCAUAGCUAAUCCACCUCCGUGCUGGUUUCAUUCGUUGGAAGAGCAUGCGAUGUUCGACGAAGAGGCGGCGCUGCAGAGAGUGAUGGAGAACCAUCCCAGGCUGCUGUUUCCUCCAGGAUUUAAGUACUCUUAUUCCAACAUCGCCUCUUGGCUUCUCCAAGCUGCCAUGGAGCGUCAGGCCGACCUAGACUUCCCUUCCCUUAUGAAGACUCGCAUCUUGGACAAGCUCGGCAUCCCCGAGAGCGAGUUGGGCUUCAUCUUUCCUGUUGCGGAUGCUCCCAAAGUGGCCAAGGGUUACAUCCGACGGUGGUCGUUGGUCGACUGCUGCAAGCGGUGGAUGCUGGAGCGAUGGAUGUGGGACAAAUACGAGGGGUCCAAGUCGAAAUGGCUGUCGCUCUCCCCCUUCUACCUCGAUGGGCCUGGAUAUGGCGGCGCGAUCGCGACUGCGCGAGGGGUGUCCAAAGUGCUGCAGGACUUGUUGCAGUCGGAGUCCCGACUGUUCACCGACCCGGCCACCAAGGACCUGCUCUUCACGCGCGGCAAGUCGUCGUACGGACACAAGAUCCCGAUGUCGCUGGGUCUGGCGACAGGAUCCCUCCAAGGGGAGAGAUGGUACGGCAAACCGGGUGGAGGACCGGGAUACUCCUGCAGCUUGAGACUGUAUCCCGACAUGGGAUUUGCUACGGUCUGGAUGGGUAAUAACACCCUUACCAGCCAUUCUGAGUUCAAGCUCAUGGACAGCGGCUAUGAUGCUCAGCAAAUGUGCUUGCAGUUCUUCAAGUUCAUCAAUGAUGACCUGGCUUUCUGGCUUUCUGGCUAUCUGGCUAUCUGGCUAUUCCAGCCGAACCCCGAGUGGAGUGCAGUUCGAGCUCAUGGUUGGCAAUUCGGAUAUCAAGCUCUGCAACUAUACUUGGGAUUCUUGUGAGUUCAUCAGCGCUCAUCCGGCUUAUCGCAGGUAAAGUCUAAUCGGAAUCGCAGUCCGUGGCUGCUUAGCCCAGUCCCUACCUACUGCAUAGUACUACUGUCUGAUCAGAUUACUGCAGCAGUGCCCGCCAUGCCGGCGUCAUGAUGGCGUCAUGACGGUGCUUGACGACCUCUGUGAGAUUUCAAGGGCGUGACUGUCAGCGACUGACGUCAGCUGACAGUCACUCUGUGAGUGACCCUGUCAAGACGGGUCUGCUAUUUAAUGACCCCCUGCCCUUGCAAGGGGUCUGCAAGUUAAUGACACAGAGGUCGUGCAUUGAGCACUGUUGCGAGCUGCAAGUCAUUUAGUAGCCUGUGUACCCUGUGUACACUGUGUGUAGUACUACCAGUAGUGUGCGUGUGAAGCGAUGCAUUUCCUAUGUCGUACAGAGUAGGACCUACUCAGUACUCUCUGUGAAGCCCGGCAUGUUCUGCCUGGGGCGCAGUACAACCUGCCAUUGCAAGUACUAUCUGUGAAGCCAGCCUGAGGCAUUUCCCGCGCCGUGCAUAGUAGGACCUAUCUGAGUGCCUUGGCACGAUGAUCACAGAUUGCUCCUCCUCCUCCUCCUCAGAGUUUGUGCCAAGUAGUCAGUGCAUAGUCACUGUCCUAAGGAACACAAUAGUCUGUGCUAUAGCCGACGAGUAUGCACAGCCUAUCUGAACCCCUAUGUGAGCUUGUGCGUGCCUGUCGUAAGGCUAUAGCACAAUUAUUAUAGUCUGUGCUAUAGUCUGCGAGUGGUGCCGUACAGCACAACUGUUACAUUGGGUUCAGUUAAAAGUCAAAGAGCAAUUGACUUUGAGUGGGACUUUGGCUGGGACCAGACUACGGAGGGCCUGCAGGGUUAACCAGAGUUCGACUCAACAGCCAAUCCUCGGUGAAAGCAAACCAGUUCAGUUGCGGUCCCGAAGAAUGUAUAGCUAGUAGCUGCCUUUCUACUUCGCCGGACUUCAACAGCUAAUCCUUGGCCAAAGCUUCGCCAACGAUUCCCUGUGCAUUGCGCGCCAAGCUUCUCCUAAAGCACUCUUCAUCCAAAACAAGCGGCCCGCGUUUUUUUUUGCGUCAGAAUCUUUUGGACGCCACCGCCAUCCAUCUUGCCAUCGUGGUCCGGUAGCACUCUUCAUCCGAAGUCUUUGGAAUAAUAUUACAUUUUUCGAUUCUCAACGUUGCCUGGGAAAGGUCUUGGUGGUUUUGAAGAGACUCAGGGAGACUCUGGGAGACGCAGAGGGACUCAGAGAGACUCAGAGGGACUCAGAGGGACUCAGAGGGACUCAGAGGGACUCAGAGGGACUCAGAGAGACAGUCUGCAUCUGGGUCCGGGGACGGCAGGGUAAUCUUACCUAUUCAACGAGGAGACUCUUAUUAAUCUGAAUCCUCUGAAGAGGCUCAGAGGCUCAGGAACACUCAGACAGACUGAACGAGACAAAUAUAUAUUCGAUGUUCAGAGAGACUCAGAUAGACUCGAAGAGGAGAAAUUCUCAGACUGGUGAAGAGAGUCGGGGAGACUCAAAGAGGCUCAGAGAAAAAGGCAGAGAGCCUCGGAGAGACUCAGAUACACUCAGAAGGGCUCAAGCAGACUCCUACGUACUCAGCGACACUCAGAGAGAAAUUCGAAACGACUCCGAGAGAGGCACAGAGAGAGACUCAUAAAAAGAGACUCAGAAUGACUCAGAGAGAGUCAGAGGGACUCAGAGAGACUCAGAGGGACUCAGAGGGACUCAUAGGGACUCCGAGAGACUCAGAGGGACUCCGAGAGAGACUCAGAGAGAGACUCAGAAUGCUGAGAGAGAGAGAGAGAGAGUGCUAUACUCUGAGUGUGCGAAAGAUUCAGAGUAUAGGACUCAGAGGAGACUCUUGGAGAACAUCUUCUUGAACCAACACUCCGAGCGACCGACAGAGUAAUGGUGGCCACUAUGUGAGAUUUUCAGAGAUUGCUUCUGUGGUGACCGGCAUCAUGAUAAUGGAUUGACACACACACACACACACACACGCAAACGAGAAAGAGACAGACAGAGGGAGGCAGACGAAGUGCUGAAGACGGAUGUGGGCACAGACUGUGUUUGACGUUCAAACACAACAGAGGAGCUGCUGCAGGCACAAGCCUGGCUCUGCAUCAUCAUCAUUCAAUUGACGAUGGGCACUCUCGUGCAAUGUCAAGUAGUGCCAUUUCUUGGCCUCAUCUUGAGUUCUGUCUAUGGUCUAGUAAGCUCAGACUAACCAUGUCUAAGUAACAGACUAACCGUAGCCUGUGCUUAGACUAUAGCUUGAGAGUUCAGACUAUGGCCUAAGCUCAGACUAACCAUCUCUAAGUCACAGACAAACUCAGUGGUCCUCUGAAUAUAGCCUGGGUUCUGUACUAUAGUCCAAGUUCAGACUAAUGUGCCUAACGUUUAGACGAAGGGCCUGAGACUCUCAGUUUAGCUUGGGCUUGGACGAAGUUUAAGUUAACCUAGUAUGAGGUUGGAUAAGCGCAAAGCUCAGGACUAAAGGUUUAGUUAGGAAUUUGAGUUAGGACCUUGAGUUAGGACUUUGAGUUAGGACUUUGAGUUAGGACCUUGAGUUAGGACCUUGAGUUAGGACUUUGAGUUAGAACCUUGAGUUAGGACUUUGAGAUAGGACUAUGGUUUACACACCGGACGAUAGGCUAAACCUAAGGUAGGACUCUCUCCUGAGAGAGUUAAGAAGAAGUACUAUAUAUUUCAUUGCCAAUCAACUUAACUAGGUGGGGAUUCGUAAGAUGAGGUCGGAGCUCAGAGUUCCAUUGACUCUCUUCAGUUCGUUCCGCAACCGAGGAUUACUUCUUGCCAUUGAACAUUCAUCGUACAUUCUUCUGUUCAUCGUACAUUCAUGUUACAUUCAUCUUCCGUUCAUCGUACAUUCAUGUUAAAUUCAUCCAACGUUCAUCUGCCGCAUUUGUUCAUCAUACUAUGCAUUUUGACAGCAACGAAUCAUGAUUGUGGAAUGUGUUAGUCGGUGCACUUAAUUUCUUUAAUCGAGCUGCACCUCUCUCUCUCUCUCUCUCUCUCUCUCUCUCUCUCUCUCUCUCUCUCUCUCUCUCUCUCUCUCUCUCUCUCUCUCUCUCUCUGUGUCUGUGGGUGUCUCUCUCUCUCUUGCACGUGUGCACGCUCGCUCCCUCGUUGGCUCUUGGUCGCUCAGACGUAUACCUGCACAGUCAAUCAAUCAAUCAAUCAAUCAAUCAAUCGAUCAAUCAAUCAAUCAAUCAAUCAAUCAAUCAAUCGGCCGAUCAAUCACGCAAUCAAUGAUUAUAUGGAGUCAAAGGACGAUCAUACUUGUAAUUAGCAAAACCUGGAUAGGCCAAGGACUUGGCGUAUAGGAAUUGUACACAUACUCUACAGUAGCUGUAGCUAUAGCAGCUAGUAUAGCAGCUAGUAUAGCAGCAACUAAGCAGUCCUAUGGCAGCGAGUCAGAUCAGCUAUAAUGCCAACAUCCGCUUUAAAUUUCCAGGCGCCACGUCGUGUGUUACCAUUCAUUUCAUUUUGCACUAAUUUAUCUACCGGAGUCGCAAUGCAUGCAUGCGUGCAUGCGUGCAUGCAUCUCAACGUUCUGCCAAAUUGAAUCCACUCACCGACUCGGAGUGAACUGAGUCAGCUGAGAAUAAUUGCCUUCCCUCCUAAGUUAUUCAGUGUCAAUAAACACGACUCACAUCU